AUGUCGUCCAACGACCUUAAGACGGCGUCGGACAGUGUGGAUCUCUCACAAGCGGAGGCGGUGGUGUCGAGUGUUGGGUCCUACGUCUCUGUCGAGGGCCUUUCCCAGCUUCUCGCGCCGCUGGAGGAAGGAGAAGUGUACGCGCGCCAAGUUCUGCAGAAUCAAUGGUUCCGCGGUCUCUCUGCACUCAAAACCAAGGCGAAUUUUGACAAGGCCACGUUGGUGAUGCUGCAGAAGCACACAACGGGCGCGGUGACCGCGAAUGGGGACGAGGAGGAGGAGGAGGAGCAGGAGGACUGGAAGAACGGGGGCCAGCAGCGCGGAUCCGUUGCAGGGAUGGAUAAAUUUUCACAGGACAGAAGGCGCGGGCAGUUCCUCUACGAGGAGUGCAUGCAACGAGAGGAGCUGGAGUGGGAGGAGUUUGCCGAAGUCUCUCAGCUGCACCUCUUCAUGGAGGAGAACCUGGAGCGCGUGGCACAGGUGGAGGAAUCAAUGACCAUGCUGCAGCUCGUCCACGACGUGAUGAAGCCAAAGGCUCGCCAGCGCUACAUCUACGCCUGGGGGAUCGUCACGACCGUGUCGCCGCCACCCGCCUGGAGUGAGGUGGAACGCAUCCGCUGCAGCCAGCGCCAUAAGCCGGCCUACAUGCGUUUCCCACCGCCCACGUGCCGGAUUCCCAUUGUGCCAGACCCCUUCUGGAAACCCUGGGAGCUCCCCGCGCCGCCAGUCGGUUUGAUUCAGGCGCCACCGGAGGCGUGA